UGUGUGUGGUCUUCGACAAAGACGGAACAUAGGCUAACUGUCAGGUUCCGCCCCUUCGGCCAAACUGGACCCUUUCUUGCCCUCCUGGCGCUGUUUCACACUUGCACGAUGCUCCGCGAACGUUGCGCGUCCGCCCCUUUUUUCUGGAAAAAGGCCGAUCCCUUUGGAGCCCGCAAGAUGGGGAAAAUUCCCCGCCUUAUAACACCCCUGUCGCCGCGCGACGGAUGCGGUGUGAUUGGCAUAACUCCUACAUACUGUGACUGACGAUCAUCAACAACCCAGAAAAGGAGAAUGGGAGCUCAUGCUCACCACGCCAGUUUGGCAAGUUUUGACUCAUCCGCAAUGACAGCUGCGUCAGACAGUAAUGGUAUUAUGGAUCAACCACCUAUACACCCAUUGUCGUCCAUGCAAGGCGCCUUUGAGGAGUCAUUGCUGGAAACUCUUGAAUGUGCCGAAGCGCAGUCCCGUCUAGAAACUGGCGAUGCCGCGUCGAAACGAAAGCGGCUUCUACGGCAAAAUUCGUUUGAGUCCACUGGAGCCAGUCGAUGGCAGAAAAAGGCAGAUGAGCGAUUCGACCCGCUGUGGAAACUUGUUGCGCAGAUUUCAUUUGGCGUCCAUCUGGUCCACCAGCGGUUAGCGAAAUCAGAUGAAGAAGUCUUUCGAAUCUUGCAGACACAUGUGGACGAGAUAGAUUCAUUUAUUGAGAAGACGUUCGAUGACUUUGAUCUGGCACAAAAAGAUAUCCAAGAAAGGAUGGAAUACCUUCGCUUGCCCCUCCAACAUUCUGACGUUUUCGACACCAUGCUCGAAGACCGCAGAUUUCGACGAUCGAUUGUUGAGGGAAACGAAAUGAUUGACCACAUCAUCAAUCGGACCUCGAGCGCCAUGGCUGAUGCUUUAAAGGAUGUUUUGAGUGGUGUAGCCGCGAUUUUGGAACUGAACGGCUAUCUGAAUAAGAUUGACGAGAACGAUAUCGUCUCAGAGGACCCGGAGGGUGAAUUAUCUAAUUUCUUCUCGGCAAUGCGGGGCAAUGCAGAUGGAUGGUAUCGUGCAUUCUGCUCGUUGCAAAUGAAGGGUAAUACCCUCGCAGUAGCGCUGUCACAGUUAGGCAGCCUUGUGGAGGAAAUUCAACGCCGUGCUGGGAAUGCGAGCCGGAGGACUAGGUUUGCUGCGGGCGCCAAUGCUACUUUGGUGCAACAGAGAGCAUCGAUGAUUGACAUUCCACCAUCCCCGCCGCUCUCACCAACUGCGUUACCGGCAAGAUCCCUAUCAAUUGAGUUCGAUCGCUUCGAUUUUCAUUUCAAGGAGAAUGCAGGAUCUCAUAAGCGGCAAUCCUUUGACAAUUCGGAGCAGUUGCAAAUUUCCAACGCUGUUGAUACGUUUGAGAAACUCAAUGGAGAGGCUCCGACAUCUGCAGUCCAGACGAUUGCACGAGCGGGCUCUCUUGCACGCAAAUUCUCCCUUCGCAAGAGGCCAAGACCAAGCAAAAGGCAGCAGCAAGAUCAACAACAGAUGCCAACUGCACUGGGGUCUGCUUUUGUGGUUCAGGAGUCAAGGGCAUCCGCGGAUAUUUGCUUGCAGACUCGGCCGCAACGUGAAAUGGAGUCAAAUUACCCAGCCACCAGGAUUCCUCCCCUUUCCACCCCACCAAUGUCAAAGACAAGUUCUAUUGUUCGCAAGCUCUCGCGGCGCAAACCCAAAGGAAACAGUCAAACUCGGAAACGACAAGACUCUACUUACUCUUCUGGCAACUCCAACCACACAGCGGAUUCGCGCCCAGAAUCCUCGUCUCAGCAAGAAAAUCCAUCCACCAACCAAGGCUCGGUCAUUCCUCACGCGGCUGAUCGUCCGUUUUCAAAGUCAAAUUCCAUCACUCGUCAUCUUUCGGUUCGCAGAAGACGACAUGCGGAGCAGCAACUGACAGCUCAGGAGUCCCUUGGACAAGAAGAAGGGCAUCCUGGAGAGCCAGGCCCUACGGUAGAGGAUUCUACUCCUGCCUCGGAAGCGCCAGCAUCAGGCGCAUCCAAUCUAAGGCGGCGUUUGUCCCGGCGACAGCGUCCACGGCGGACACUGCAAAUAUCUUCGCCUUUACCUUUGCCCCCUCCCGACUUGGGAGCCUUUGGAGAAAAGCCCCAAGAGCCUACCUCAACACCUAACGAGCCGUUCCCAAGGCUAUCAACAGAGCCAGCGGCCGAGGAAGUAAUGCAGGCGGCCCUUGAAGCUGCACCUCCUCUCUCUCGAACAGGCUCGCUAGUCCGUCGAUUCUCCCUACGGAAACGACAAGGAGGCCGUCCCGAGAAAUCUUCACGGCAAUCCUCCCACGACUCCAAUGCCAACGUUUCUCCGCGCAAGAGCUCGACCGCAGAAGAACCUGUUCGAACGGACACGUCACCUGCUAACGAGCCCCAGCCUUCACCACUUGCCUCGCAUCCGGUCACCACAACGGAUGUGGUCGACGAGUCGAGUCAGCCUGUGAUGGAAACAAUUCUGGAGCAAGAGACGCCCGAGUUGCCAUUUGAGGCAGAAGUCCCGACGCCGGCGCAGUCUUCAAGCCCAUCUCGGUCAUCAACCACGGCGCCAGUGCUGCAGGAUGCAAAUGACUGCCAUCAACUAUCUGAAUUUAUACCGCCUCAACAUGGCCUUAGACGCCGCUCAAGUGUUCCAAGUCUCAAGUCUCUUUUUCGCCGCAAACUCCGCCAUCACCCCUCUGCACCGCAGUUGAAGCGUCUGAGCAGUUUAGGUGAAGAAGCCGAGACUGAGAGCAAGUCUGAGCUCGGGCUUGAAGUUGCCGCAUAAGCUGAAAGACCUAGCUUCUUGUCAUUUUUUUGUCUUCUUUCUUUUUUUUUUUUUCUUCCCUACAAUUGACAGAGGACAAACAG